AUGUUUUCGUUUAACGAUAGCUCGAAAUCAUCCACUUACAGACCAAACGGUUCCAUUUUUAAUGUCCAUUAUUUAGACAGUGAUUACUCUGGAUUUUGGAGUGUGGACACUAUACGAAUAAACUCGUUGGAGAUUCGGAAUCAAGCGUUUGCUGAAGUGAGGAGUAUAUUUAAUCUCGAUUACUUAUCUGCUAAAUAUGAUGAAUAA